AUGGGUGAGUGGGGCUUCCUCGGUGGGCUCUUCGAUAGUCUCAGCGCUCACUCGCCGCUGCUUGGUCGCUUUUGGAUCUUACUCAUGCUGGUUUUUAGGAUAGUUAUCUUGGGAACUGUGGCCAGUGACUUGUUUGAGGAUGAGCAAGAGGAGUUUACUUGUAAUACCCUCCAACCGGGUUGUAAACAGGUGUGUUACGACAUGGCGUUUCCCAUUUCCCAGUACAGGUUUUGGGUGUUUCAUAUUGUCCUCAUUGCUACACCUGCACUGCUCUUCCUCAUGUACGCCAUGCAUCACCACAACAAGAGGGAAAGCAGCUCCAAGUUUAGGCAGGAGAACUGUGAAGUUCUUCAGUUGAGGAGGUUCUAUAUCAUUAAUGUUGCUUUCCGUAUCGUGUCAGAAAUCGGCUGCCUUGUGGGACAGUGGUAUUUGUACGGCUUCAAGGUGGAAGCCCAGUUCCCUUGUAGCCGCUUUCCUUGCCCAUACACGGUGGACUGCUUCACUUCACGCCCCAUGGAAAAAACUGUCUUUCUCUGUUUCUACUUCGUUGUGGGCAUGGUUUCUGCCAUUUCCAGCAUCGUCGAGCUUUGCUACAGCUCCAAGAAGUGGUUUUGCACAAGACCGGAGUAUUCUUCCCCAAAGCAUUCAUGCCUCUGCCAGAACCUCCACAACAAAGAGCAGGACGAGACUGAGGAGAAACCACGAGAAAGGACUCGAUCUGAGAAUUUGAACAGCAGCACAAAACUAAAGGGUGGAUCAUCGAGGAGUAGCAGGAGCAGCAAAGUCUCCAGCUUUGGCCGCAAACCAAGAACCAGCAAGGGGACCCUCAUGGUGUGA